UCCUCAGUCUGACAGUAGCACCAGGACUCUGCGGAACCCUCCGAGACCCUCCAGGACUCCCACAGGAACAUGGACCCCAAGCGCCUCUCCUCAAGCUCUCAGCAGCAGGUUCGACUCAGGCAAAAGAGGACAAAGAGAGAAUGGAGACCGCUGGAGGACCGGAGCUGCACAGACCUGCCCUGGUUUCUGCUCUUCACCGUCUUCUGCGUCGGCAUGGGCAGCAUCUGCGGGUUCACCAUCGUCACCGGCGGCGCCGCUCGCCUCGUCUUCGGAUAUGACAGCUAUGGCAACACUUGCGGCCAACGAAAUGAACAGAUUGAAGGCGUCAGGCUGAGUGGCCUCGACCACACUGACAGGAAGUUUGUCUUCUUCCUGGAUCCCUGUAACAUCGACAUUGUUCAAAGGAAAAUCAAGUCGAUGGCUCUUUGUGUGUCUCUGUGUCCCACAGAGGAGCUGAAGACCUACCAGGACCUGAAGAGGUUCGCUAUGGUCAAUGGUUCUGAGCUGUGCUCCUAUGAGUUAGCAGCUCAUAGAUAUCCUGUUCUCGAACAGAGGACCACUAAAUGCCCCAAACUACCUGUUCCACCAAGUAAACCGCUGCCCGUGUUUAAUCGCUGCACUCCGGUGGACAUCUCCUGCUACGCAAGGUUUGCUGAGGCUGUGGUGACGUUUGUCGGGGAUAACAGUGUUCUGCACCGAUUGAUCGCUGGCGUCGCUGCCAGUAAAGAGAUCAUCAUCGGACUUUGUGUCCUCGCACUGUUCCUCUCCAUGAUCCUCAUGGUGAUCAUUCGUUACAUCUCUGCUGUCCUCGUCUGGAUCCUCACCUCACUGGUUGUCCUUGGAUCCCUUGCGGGGACUAGUGUGCUCUGGUGGCUCUACAUUGACUACCGGCUAUACGGGAACGACACCUCCUCUAAAGUGCUGAAGGAAGCGAAGGAGGAGGUGGAGGUCACCAGAGAUAGUGGACAGGCGCUGCUUGUCUAUGCCGUUGCUGCCACUGUAUUCACUAUCAUCCUCCUGCUGCUGAUGCUCUUCAUGAGGAAACGAGUAGCUCUGACCAUCGCUCUGUUCCACGUGGCAGGAAAAGUCUUCAUCCACCUCCCCCUCCUCACCCUGCAGCCCUUUGUCACCUUCUUUGCCCUCCUGCUCUUCUGGAUCUACUGGAUCCUGGUCCUUCUCUUCUUGGGAACCACCGGUAACCCUGUAGAGAACGAGGAGACGGGGCUGACGGAGUUCAGACUGACCGGUCCUCUUCAGUACUUGACCUGGUACCAUGCUGUGGGCCUGGUCUGGAUCAGUGAGUUCAUCCUGGCCUGUCAGCAGAUGACUGUGGCCGGUGCCGUGGUCACGUACUAUUUCACCAGGGACAAGAACCGACUCCCGGUGACUCCAAUCCUGUCCUCGGUCCUGAGGCUGGUCCGGUACCACCUGGGCACAGUUGCUAAAGGAUCCUUCAUCAUCACACUGGUCAAGAUCCCACGACUCAUCCUCAUGUACAUUCAUAAUCAGCUCAAAGGAAAGGAGAAUGCGUGCGCUCGCUGUAUGCUGAAAACUUGUAUCUGUUGUCUGUGGUGUUUGGAGAAGUGCCUCAACUAUCUCAAUCAGAAUGCAUAUGCAGCCACAGCCAUCAACAGCACCAGUUUCUGCACGUCUGCACGUGACGCCUUUGUGAUCCUGGUAGAAAACGCGCUGCGAGUCGCCACAAUCAACGCCAUUGGAGACUUUGUGCUCUUCCUGGGGAAGAUCCUGAUUGUGACGACGACAGCGUUCGCUGGAGUCCUCCUCCUGAACUACCAGCGGGAUUACGCAGAGUGGCUGCUGCCGCUCAUCAUCGUGUGUCUUUUCUCCUUCCUGGUGGCCCACUGCUUCCUGUCCAUCUUUGAGAUCGUGGUGGACGUCCUCUUCCUCUGCUUCGCCAUUGAUACGAAGUACAACGACGGCACUCCAGGGAAGGAGUUCUUCAUGGACAAAGCUCUGAUGGAGUUUGUGGAGAGCAGCCGGCGGUUGGAGCGUGCCGUGGAACGUGGGCGGAGUCGGGUGAAGGAAGUGGCAUCAGAAGGGGCGGAGAUCAAGCCCAUGGCUCCGGGGACGAGUUCAGCUUGACCAAAAUCAGCCAAUGGGACUUGUUAAAAAGAGACAUUCCAAAUGUUUAUUUUUACCAACGUGUAACAUGUUUACUAUGGUUUCACUCCAGGGAAAACAAUAUUUUAAUAAGAAACUGUAAAAAAGUAACAAUGUAAUGAAGCACUUUAUAUUGAAGCGCUGCAGAUUUUAAACCGGCUGAUGCAUUUUUUCGUAGUGAUGUCCUUUUUUAUAAAACUCACCCCAACUCAUCGCUCACUCUUCAGUUCCUAACAGUUUUCAGCCACUUUUCCGUUUUUUGUCUUAACGUUUGUUCUGGAGACGACCCGACAACAGCUCGUCAACCAAGUCAUCAAAGGGGUGGGGCCUGUGGACAGGCCGAACAGCAGCCAUAAAACUACAUUUAUUUGGUGGAUGAGAUCUGUCCAGGUCAGACUGAGGCUGCCAGACUCCAUGUGGGAUGGAUCACCACGAGUGUGCGUUUUUUGUUUUUUCUACCAUAGUUAAUGCUACAACCUGCAAGGUGUGGGUCAUGAGACCAGUCAUGUGACUCCUUAAUGAAGCACCUUCAGUUUGCUGAAGCCUGAAGUUCUCCUGCAGCUAGGAAGGACAACAGAGCUUGUGGCGAAGACGGGGUUAGUGGCUCUUUUUUUAAAUCCACCAGACUUGUUUGACAAAAACAGGGAUUUUUUUAACACUGAAAAUAGAGUGUUGUUGACCUCUUUGUGUGACUUUUGCUUUUAAUGCAUUAGUUUGGGUCCGAAUUAAUGCAUUAUAUCACCAAAGUAACACAAUAUUACAAACUAUUCAAUUGUGGCAACAGUAGAUGAGUAACUCCUGUGUUUUUUGGGGUAAAAUUACUGUUUUUAUGAAUGGGGUCUGGUGGAGUGUAACAGCAUCAGUUCCUUGUUUAAAAAAAGCUGUUUAAUAUGGGUAAAGUGGAGAAAAUCUUGUGUACAUAGCAGCCCAUGGUUCUAGUUUGUGCAUCUGCUUGUGGGCGUGGCCUACUGCCACCCACUGCAGAUAACAUAUUGACUGUGAACAAUGGAAAAUAAUUUUAAAAGGUUUCCUGACUGAUAAAUCAAUACAUUUGAAAUCACGCUCUUUUUAAAAAAUAUCAAUCAGUCAUUUCAAACACCAAGAUAUGUAUUGUGCAUUGCCUAAACAUAUCAGGACAGAAUCUUUGAUGCAUAUCAGACCUAUAAAUAGCCAAUAGAAAACUGUCUCCAUCAGUCACAUGACUCUCACCUCGUAGGCUGUAACGAUCAGCCGAGUCCCCUCGUGGUCGGGGCUCAAAACGGUUUACUGGAGUCAGAGACGGAUGCUCCAACAAACAAUCACCCGGAUCCCACUUCCUGUCCAGAGCCGAUCUCUGAAACCGCCACAAAUCAAAAUUGUUGUUUCCAUCGAGAAGACGGUGGGAGAUGUGACGGCUGAGUUCAGUCAGCAAUAAAAAAAACACUGCAUCAUGUGACCACAUCAACAACGACAACAAGUCUUCCUGCUUCCUUUUGUUCAACAUGUUCCAGGUUCAAUGAUUAAUUUCGCCUCAGGCAGGAAGUCCGACCAAUGGCUCGACUGUCAGAGGUUUAAUCUCCUUUUAUUGUUCAACAAGGCAACUCAUUGGGCAUCCUGAGCAAGAAAGGUUGCCCAAAAUGUGAGUUUGAGUUAUCAGAAAGUCUUUAGUCAAGUGCUGAAGAAAGUGGAACUUUUGAUUUGAGAGCAACGGUGCUGCCGAGGCAACUACUCUCCUGGUUGGCCAACAUGUUGCCUUGUUGCACUGCAGGUUAAGCUGUGUGUGAGGCUGAAUCCAAGCGUCCUUCCUUCAGACUGAAAUACAGACUUAACCCAGAUAGCAAACAUGUCUGGCCUUAUCUGGGCACUUUGGGGACCUACAUCUCAGUUAUGUUGUGUAGACUGAACACUCCUAUAUCAUCCCAAAUCCUAAAUCAUUAUGAUGAUCUGCACAUGAGUAACUCCCAUUGGAAACCAGGUUCAAAAUGGAGGGAAAUUAAUGAAGGUUUAGAACCUAAUUAGUGCUGCAAAUAAAAUCCUAAAAUUUCCCUCACCAAAACUGAAGCUCAGAACAUUUGGACAGUCGGUUAGUCCAUAAACCUCACAGCAGCCAUAUUAUUGGUCAGAUAAUUGCAUUAAAAAUGCGCCAACAAACAUGGUGCAGAGGUCCAGUUCUAACUCCAGUUACUUGAGGUGAAGCCUAGCAGACAGCUAGCAGCUACAGUCACCUGUAUCACCAUCCAGCUGUCAGUCAAAUAGACCACACCCCUAAUUAUGCAAACUUCAAGCCUUAAUAUAAUUUAAAGAGGUGAGUUAUAAAAACAUUCUUGACUUGUAGAAGUGUUAUGAAGGUGUAAAUUAUCUAUAGAGACAAAAAACAUUUUUAUAUAAACUGUAAACAUGUUUAUUUCUGCUGUAAAGUUUUAACAUGGGGGUUUAUGGGGACUGACUCGCUGCUGGAUCCUCUGGUGGAUGUUAGAGGAACUGCAGCUUGUGGGCACUUUACCAUUUGCAUCAGUGGAAACAGAGCAACUUUCAUCCACAUUAUUCAAAAAAUGUUACCUUUUUAAGCUGUUUACAGUAAACUGAAGCUGAAGGUGUUUCCAUGGAGACAUCCUAAGGAUGAAGUCUGGAGUUUGGACGUUCUGUGGGUUCAGUCAGUUUAAAGUUUGUUGUGUUCAAACAUCGACCUGCUGACAUGUUUCUGGUCUGAGUCUGCUGCUGUGACGAUGAACAUCUGUGUGCAGUUUAACACUUUUUGUUCCUGAGAUGUUAAUGGGCGCAGCUGAUUGGCUCUGACCGGCGGUGUUUAGGCUGCGACUGUUCCCAUCAUGCACCUCGUCUCUGCCAAACACCUCCUUCACUUUGACAGAUAAACCGCUCAGAGAGGCCAAGCUGAGGAGCGUCUCCUCCAAACAAAAACAAAACAAUCCGACAGAUUCACAAGCUGUUGUGGGAAAUCUCUCCGUGUGCAGAAAACUGGACCUCAGUCUGACAUUCAGCUUUCAAUUAUUAAGAGCAUGUGUGUGAAAAAGCAGCGAGGCCGUGGUCGCCGCACUCAAUGCUCUGAGCAUGUUAACUAAUUGCACUAAAGAUGGAGUUCAUUCAUCACUGACGUCCGUUUGAAGUAGCUGUAAAGUAUUUUAGAUGAACAGUGUUCGUAGCUCAGAUAUUACCACACACACUUACACUCUCACACACACACAUUUACUCAUGUUUAAACGUCCCGAAAAGAAAAAACUAAGAGCAAUCAAGGAAAUAUGUAACUCCUGCUAUUCAGAUACACUUAGAUUAGUUUGGACCAUGUGACUGCUGUCGCCGGGCAGAUUAACCUGACUGCAGAUUAACCUGGAACUGAGAAGUUUCAUUCCAACAUCAGAAAAGUCUGAUCAUUUUAAGUAUUCAGUUAGAACUUGUACAGAUACUCAUAUGCAAGACUCAAAUCCAUCAGUGUGAUUGGAAUAAUGACAAAAACGAGAUGGUAAACAAACGUGGUGAUAUAAAAACAGUAAAAUCCCCAUCAAGCUUUAAGUGGUGUGUCUCCUAAAACACAAACAGACUUCACUUUGGGGUAUUUUUGUCCAGACGUCUCUACAGAAUUGUUUUAAUUGAGAAACUUUGGAGGGUUUUCCGGUGUGACCGGCCUGUUUAAGGACUUUAUGUGAAAAUCAUGAACUAACAAAGCAAAUUUGUUAUUUAUUUAACUCUAUUUCUUUUUGGAAUGAAACAUUUCAGCUCCUCUUCCUUGUCUGCUGAUUAAUUAUAUGUUUCAUUUACCAAUUUCAAUCCAUCCAGUUGGCACGCAGAGGUCAAGCUGCUGCUGAAGGUGUAGGGUCAGCAGGUGAGCUGUGGGUUAGUGACACUCCAAUCAGAAUCUUUGUAUCAACUGACUUAUGCAGCGUUGUCAUAAUCAGAUUAUGAUUUUUUUUUUCAGUGGAUUUUAUUGUAUUUUUAUUUAAACACAGGGUGCAUCUAACUUUAAGGUCACAUCUGUCACAUCUGCAUAAAGACAAGAGCUUUUUAAAAAAGAAGCAUCAGUUUGAAAUCACAGAGGUAAAAAAAAAAAGAAAAGCAAAACACAAAUUUAAGGCUGAUUUAAGUCAAAUUCUGUCUCGUCUCAGAAGGUAAAGAAUGUUUCCAAAACCUGAACUGAACCCCAGAUCUGUCACAAACGUGACCUCCACCGGUGUUUGUGAUGUUUGUGCUGCUCGUAGCUCAGUGACAUUUAGGUUACAGCCUACGUGAAAACAUUUCACCUCUUGAUUUUUAAAAAGAAGUAUAAAACCUUCAUCGUUACCUGCAGGGUUUUCAGGUUGCAUCUUGUCUUUGUCUUUAAGAAAUUUAGAAUGGGUUAGCUUUGAAUGUCGACAAAUUUGACCAAACUCACAAAAACUAUCCAAAUACAAAGUAAAUUUCAUGUAUGUUUUUUUUUUAACUUCACAACAUUGUUUCAGUUCAAGUUUAUAGGUUCAUUUGUCGGAGCCUUGAAGUUGUUUCUUGCUUGUUAUCCCUCAGCCAUAAAGGUUGACCUUUUAGUGACCUCAACUUCAAUGUGAAGGUCAAGGUCAAGUUUUCUGAAAAUGUUGUCGUAGGUGCAUCUGCUAGGCGGCUGGGGGUAGCACUCUAAACUCUUAACAACAUUUUGAUAACAUGUUCGCAUAUUCUCUCCCGAUUAUUAACAUCUCAACCCAGACUAUUCUGAUAUUUUCUUAAGAACAUCAGUGGUCAGUUUGAUAUAAUGUCCCAAAAUGUCCAUUUUUAUUUUUUUUUAUCUAUUUUUAUUACCCAUAACGGUAAAAAAAAACCCCAUCCCAAAUCUAGAUCUUUAAAGACUUGCAACUUGAGCCAACCUUUAAGUCUGUGCACAGCUCUUUGAGUAAUCCUGUUAACAGACCAACCAAACCAGUUACAGAUUAUUUAUUUUUAUUCAGAUGUGAUUUUCUGAGCCUUGGGAGUGAUCUUUCUUUAACAUUGGAGUGUCUCUAACUCGUCCUCUACGUGCCACCCCUCUCACUUCAGUUGUAGGUUUUAAAUAAGGCAGUCUGAGACUGUUUGCCUGCUUCCUCGGGCCCGGAUCGGAGCAGAUGAAGGGCCGGUGUUGUAGUAAAGUUGCAUGUCCAUGUGUUCCAGCUCCGUAUUGCAGCGCGUCGUCUUCGUACGGUGUGAAUAAUCUGCUGUUAGAUCCACAGCACUAAAAACUCUGACGUCUUUGUUUCCUUCAGAUGUGACUCUUUGUCUUCAUGAGGGACGGCUUCAUAGCAACAAGAACAAGUUAAGACUUUAGGCAACACGAGUUUAACUGUCAGGUGUAACACUAGUGUUUGUUUUCUCUGCAGUACGAAGUGGUUUGUAACAUUGAAGAACUUUUUCUUUGGCUCUGGGUUGUUUUUUUAUAUUUAUCAUUUCUUAUGUAUAUUUGUUUUUUAAGAAAAAUAAUAAAAAGGAAAAUUUGAA